UGAGUUUGGUUUUAUCAUUGAGUGUAGUGGAGGACCCGACUGCAGACUAGGCUCCCUCCUCUCCUCUCCACUCCUCUCACUCGACUCUAGAGCUCUACUUUGUCCCGUCGUGAUCAACAGGGCACAACCAUGGAGGAAAUGGACUUUGAGCGGCGCAGGGAGUUGAGGAGACAGAAGCGGGAAGAGAUGCGCCUGGAGGCAGAGAGGAUGGCAAAGAAUGAUGAUGAUGAAGAGGAGGCGGCCCGUGAGAGGAGGCGCAGGGCACGCCAGGAGAGGAUGAAGAGCAAGGAGAGCGAGGAGCCCAGCAGCCAGUCAGACAGCCUGGUUAUGACCAACAGCCACAGUGUCACAGAGACGGUGUCUGUGAGCAGCUCUUAUGGAGGCGGUGGAGAUGACGAGGACCAAGCCCUACUGGACCGCAUGGCCAAACGUGAGGAGAGACGGCAGAGGCGCAUGAAGGAGGCGCUGGAGAGACAGAAACAGCUGGACCCCACUGUGACGGAGGGCAACGACAGCACCGCCACGGAGAAAAACAGCGCAGAAGAGGAGAGGCCCUCCUCCUGGCGUAGGGGACGUUACCGUGACAAUGACGACGAGGCUGAGAAGAUGGAAACCUAUAGCUCGAGAAGAGAGGAGGAGAAGGAGCGAGAGGAGCCGAGGGAGGAAGAGCAGGCUGCCCCUGAAGGGGGAGAGGAAGAAGCGGAGGGGGUAGAUGAAGAGGAGGAGCAGCCAGUUGCAGUUGUGGAGGACAAACCGAGAAGGUCUUACUUGAGAGACCAGGUCAAGGAGAGGGAGGAUCAGAGGAAGCACAACGGAGGGCUGCAUGAGGAGGCGCCUCCCAAACAGCACAGGAAACCUGAGAGGACCACCAGCCGCGGCAGCGUGCGCUCCCCCGAGCCUUCUGCGGGUGAUGACCCGGACGAGGACGCCCGCCUGGAGGCGGAGCGCAAGCUGGAGGAGCUGAAGCGUCGUCGCGAUGAUGCGGAGAGCGAGGAGUUUGAGAGGAUGAGGCAGAAGCAGCAGGACGCCGAAGCUGAGCUGGAGGAGCUGAAAAGGAAGAGGGAGGGGAGGAGAAAGGUGCUGGAGGAGGAGGAGAGGCAGAGGAAGGAGGAAGAGGCAGAAAGGAAAGCCAAAGAGGAGGAGGAGAAGAGGAAGAUGAAAGAGGAGAUCGAAAGGAGGAGAGCAGAGGCGGCUGAGAAGAGACAGAAGGUGGAUGACACUAUGGAUGGAGAGGGCAAACCGUUUAAGUGUCUCAGCCCACGAGGAUCCUCUCUGAAGAUUGAGGAGAGAGCCGAGUUUCUAAACAAGUCAGCACAGAAAAGCACAAUGAAGGCGUCUCAUUGUCCUGUGGUGUCCAAGAUAGACAACAGGCUGGAGCAGUACACCUCAGCUGCUCAGAGAGAGAACAAGGAGUCUCGAUCCCCUCGCUCCGGAGCCGUGGAUCUGCCCGUGGUCACCGACAGCAUACGAAACAUCAAGAGCAUGUGGGAGAAAGGCAACGUGUUCAGCUCGCCUGGAAGCGGCGGGAGCACAUUCAAGGAAGCAGCUGUGAUAAAGACAGGCGUAGCGGGCCGCAUCAACGACUGGCUGAAUAAAACCCCAGAGAGCAGCAAGACACCAGGAGGAAGGCCAGCGGACCUGAAGCCUGUUGACGUCACCAACAAGAGGAGUCUAUGGGAAAACAAAGGCGCCUCUCCGGCCAAGGUGGCAGGCAGAGGGGAGACCAAAUCAGUUGCUAAUGGUAUGGGACACUAAUGUCUUGAAGGAGCCACUAAAGCUGGGGGACCACGACAAUCCAAGAAUCUUCUUUGACUUUUCCUUAAGAACCAAAUACCACACCCCCAGGAGGGACCCCCAAGAGCACGCAGGGACAGGACAGACACUGUCCGAGCACUGUACCGAAACAGCAUCAGCAUAUUGUUAUAGGCUUACCACGUAUAGUGCCUUUGCACAAUAAUUUCUGCUUUCUAAAAAAAAAAAAAAAAAAAAAGUAU